UCUUCCUUGAGAAGCAAAACAAAUCCCCAGUCAGAAGAAUCGUCAUGAAGAAGAUGAAGAUCAAACAUAUAUAGUUGCCUUCCUUUCCAAGUCAAGUCUUAUAUAUAUAUAUAGCUCUUUGAUCGAUCGAUCAAUCGAUCAUUCAACAAUAUUCUCAAUCGCUAUGAUGUUAUCGCGGAAGAUCUUAAUGCUGCUACUAUCGCUACUUCAUUGUUCACUUUUCUCAUUCGCAAUGCUCAAUCCAAUCGAUUUCUUAGCUCUACAACUAAUUCGUAAGUCUCUUCACGAUAUGCCUGGCUCAAACUUCUUCUCAUCAUGGGACUUCACUUCAGAUCCCUGCAAUUUCUCCGGCGUUUAUUGCCAACACGGAAAAAUCGUUGUAUUAAAUCUCGGCGAACCUAGAGCAGGUUCCCCCGGUUUAAUAGGUCGGAUUCAUCCUUCCAUUGGCGAUUUCUCUUCUCUAACUGAAUUCACAGUUGUUCCAGGAAGAAUUUACGGCACAUUACCAGCAUCAAUGGCGAAUUUGAAGAAUCUCAAGUUUAUUGGAAUCAGUAGGAACUAUAUAUCCGGUGAGAUUCCGUCAAGUCUAGGCCAACUCCGAUUGCUUAAGACAAUCGAUCUGAGUUUCAAUGUGUUAACAGGUAAAAUUCCAUCUGCCGUCGCUGCUCUUCCUGCUUUAUCUAACUUCAUCGUCUGCCGUAACCGUCUCUCCGGUUCAAUCCCCUGGUUUGCAUCUCAAACCCUAACUCGUCUCGAUCUGAAACACAAUUACUUAUCCGGCUCUAUCUCCCCCGGCUAUCUCCCUUCAUCUCUCCAAUACCUAUCUCUAUCAUGGAACAAUCUAGAUGGAACACUAGACCGAGUUUUAAUCAAGCUAAACAAGUUAAACUAUCUUGAACUCAGCAUGAACAAAUUCACCGGAAUCAUCCCAGGCAUUCUGUUCUCAUUCCCGAUCAAUAACCUCCAGCUUCAAAGAAACUUCUUCACCGGUCCAGUUCUUCCAUUUCAUCAAGUCUCAAUUCCAACCAUUGAUUUGAGUUUCAACAGAUUGAAUGGAGAAAUAUCUCCCCUGUUCUCCGGCGUGCAGAGCUUGUACCUGAACAAUAACCGCUUCACCGGCGAAGUUCCGAUGAGUUUGAUCGACGGAUUGUUGGCGGGUACGAUUCAUGUACUGUAUAUACAACAUAACUAUCUUUCGGGUAUGAAGAUGAAUCCAAUGGCUAAGAUUCCGGUUCGGAGUUCAUUGUGUAUGCAGUACAAUUGUAUGGUCCCACCGGUUCAGACAGCUUGCCCUAUCAAAGCUGGAAUGCAAAAGACUAGGCCAUUGUCUCAGUGCUUGUAGAGAGGGGAUAGAUCAAAUUCAAGGGCAAAUUGGGUAUAAAAAAAAUAUUAAAUUUUGAAAAGAAAAAAAAUUGUUAUAUAUAUAUAAAGUUUAUUUCGUUAUUUUACUAUUUAGGAAUU